AAUUGCAGCAUUCGGCACUUCAUAUAGGACGCGUGACGCGGCAAAAUCAAAAUUGCCAAUUGCGCCCUCUCUAGGCGUGCAUAGGAAUUGAAAACAUGGCUGCCUCCACACCGGCUCUUCAACUGUUCAAACAAGCCAUGAAAUUGGCCACUGGGGGACGAAAUUUCGACAGAGUUCUGGGCAAGGUCAAUCUUGUGGCGGCCAGUCCCGGCCGAUGUAGCUGGGAGGUUCUGGUCGAGGAGCCAGAGGCUAAUGGACAGCGCACACUGCAUGGUGGUUACAUGAUGACAAUGGUGGACACACUGACUCUAGCCACCUUGGCCAGAGAGGUCGGCAAAAUCGGAGUGAGUGUCCAACUCAACAUGAGCUUCUUCCGAUCGGCUGACAUAGGAGAAAAAGCUGGCAAGACUCUUGGGUUCACCAAGGCGGACAUUUUCAACUCCAGCGGUGACAUCAUCGCUACAGGAAGUCACAUGAUAUCAUUGGUUAAGAGUAGACCAAUCCCAGGAAUGCCUUCCGAUAAAGACAAAAGCUGAGCUGGAAUGGUUCAGGGCUUAUCCAAAGAACUUUUGUUUUUCUGUUCCUCAAGUUCUAAAAGUAACAGCAGUUAAGACAUACAUUCAACAUAGGCUGGAGCAUGAAAUACUUCUUUAGUGCUGCAAAGAUUUUGGUAAAGUGUAUUCAAUGGGAAUGGUACCAAUGGGAAUUUGACUUGUUCAAAUUGUUGAAAAAAAAUAGAUAAGGAAUAGAUUAAAGAUCACAUUAUGAUGCACAUACUUGCCGUUUUCACAACUCUAGAAAACACAUUGUGUUAACUCUUACCAAAUGGUGUGACCUAGGUUAUAUAUUUUGUUUUAUUGUAAAAGUGUGCAUUGAUAUGGAUAUUGUUUUUGUUUGCUUUUGGAGAUCAGGUAUAACUGAAAUGUGUGUUAAAAUAAACAGGUUAUCUUAACAAAUUACA